AUGGACGUUGACAGCAGGAAGAAACAGGGGACGGGGGUCACCUGUCUUGGUGGGGGUGCUGGAAAGUUGAAGCGCGGCUCUGGGGAGGGCAAGUCGCAGCAGAUGCCCGUCCGGACCCCAGUGUGUGGAUGUGGGGUGGAUGUGUUGGGGUUGUCGGGGCAGGGCUGGGAGGGGGCGGGGGGCGUGCACGUGAGGUCAAAAGUAAAAGAACAGAGCGUCCAGCGGCACCAGCCUUUUCCACCUCGCACAGCGGUGCAUCCGGGGCGGGAGGCUCGGCACCGAGGCUGGCGGGACGCUACCUCCUCCCCCUCCCCCCGCCCGUGGCCGGCGGCGGAGCUGGGGCAGCUCCGUCCGCACCAGCGGUUUGGGGGCGCUGCCUGGGAGUAUGAGGGCGUGGCCAGCGGCCGGAGCCAGAGGCUCCUCAUUGGCUGCCAGAGUAUACCUGACAGAAGCAAUAUAAGGCAGGAAGGAUUUAUAUUGCUCAUGAUUUUAGAGGUUUCUAUCCAUCAUAGCAAGGAGAGGGUGGCAGAGCAGAGCCACUACAUUAUGUUAGCCACGAAAGAGAGGGAGGGAGAAGAAGGCUUUCUCCUUUCUUCCAUAGGGGGCCCUACCCCAACAGCAAAAAUAGCAUUACAGUGUUUCUGCCACCUAUGUACAAAAGACAAUUUCACCUGUGUGACGGAUGGGCUCUGUUUUGUCUCUGUCACAGAGACCACAGAUAAAGUUAUACACAAUAGCAUGUGUAUAGCUGAAAUUGACCUAAUUCCAAGAGACAGGCCAUUUGUAUGUGCACCCUCUUCAAAAACUGGAGUUGUUACAACAACGUAUUGUUGCAAUCAAGACCACUGCAAUAAGAUUGAACUCCCAACUACUGUGAAGCAGUCACCUGGCCUUGGUCCAGUCGAGCUGGCAGCUGUCAUUGCUGGACCAGUCUGCUUUGUGUGUAUUUCACUCAUGUUGAUGGUAUAUAUCUGCCAUAACCGCACUGUCAUUCACCAUCGAGUGCCAAAUGAAGAGGAUCCUUCAUUAGAUCGACCUUUUAUUUCAGAGGGUACUACGUUAAAAGACUUAAUUUAUGAUAUGACAACAUCAGGGUCUGGAUCAGGUCUACCACUGCUUGUUCAGAGAACAAUCGCAAGAACAAUAGUAUUACAAGAAAGUAUUGGCAAAGGUCGAUUUGGAGAAGUCUGGCGAGGAAAGUGGCGGGGAGAAGAAGUUGCUGUGAAGAUAUUCUCCUCUAGAGAAGAACGUUCAUGGUUCCGUGAGGCAGAGAUUUAUCAGACUGUAAUGUUACGCCAUGAAAACAUCCUGGGAUUUAUAGCAGCAGACAAUAAAGACAAUGGUACAUGGACUCAGCUCUGGUUGGUGUCAGAUUAUCAUGAGCAUGGCUCCCUAUUUGAUUACUUGAACAGAUACACAGUAACUGUGGAAGGAAUGAUCAAACUUGCUUUGUCCACAGCAAGUGGUCUUGCCCAUCUUCACAUGGAGAUUGUUGGUACCCAAGGAAAACCAGCCAUUGCUCAUAGAGAUUUGAAAUCAAAGAAUAUCUUGGUGAAGAAGAAUGGAACUUGCUGUAUUGCAGACUUAGGACUGGCAGUAAGGCAUGAUUCAGCUACUGAUACAAUUGAUAUAGCUCCAAACCACAGAGUAGGAACAAAAAGGUACAUGGCUCCUGAAGUUCUAGAUGAUUCCAUAAAUAUGAAACAUUUUGAAUCCUUCAAACGUGCAGACAUCUAUGCAAUGGGCUUAGUAUUCUGGGAAAUUGCACGACGAUGUUCCAUUGGUGGAAUUCAUGAAGAUUACCAACUGCCUUAUUAUGAUCUUGUACCUUCUGAUCCAUCGGUUGAAGAAAUGAGAAAAGUAGUUUGUGAACAGAAGUUAAGGCCAAAUAUUCCUAACAGAUGGCAAAGCUGUGAAGCCUUGAGAGUGAUGGCUAAAAUUAUGAGAGAAUGUUGGUAUGCCAAUGGAGCAGCAAGGCUGACUGCUUUGCGGAUUAAGAAAACUUUGUCACAACUCAGUCAACAGGAAGGCAUCAAAAUGUAAUUCUGCAGCUUUGCUGGAACUCUACUUUUUCCCAGAUCUUCUCCUGGGUUUUCAUUUGGGAGGUCAGUUGUUCUACCUCACUGAGAGAGAACAGAAGAUAUUGCUUCCGUUUGCAGCAGUGUAAUAAGGUCAAUUGAAAACUUCCCAGGAUUUCUCUGGACCCAGGAACAGCCAUGUGGGUCUUUUCUGUGCACUAUUCAAAGCUUCUUUCCCAGGAAAGUUUCAAAAUAUUGUGUAGUCUACCUUUAGUUUUUAUUAACAAAACUUUUUUUUUAAAAAAGAUGAUGCUGGUCUUAACUUUGGGUAACUCUACUUUGUUGAAGAUCAACUUUGAGGGAAAAGGAGCUGGAUUGUUGAGUUACGUAAAACAUUUAUUUUUCAAGAAAAUGAUUUACUCCUGGUUAGUACAUUCUCAGAGGAUUCUGAACCACUAAAGAGUUUCCUUCAGACUUUGAAUGUAGUCUUCUAUAGUUUUUCAGGAUCUUAAAACUAACACUUAUAAAACUUGUAUUUUGAGUCUAAAAAUGACCUCAUAUAGAGGUGAGGAACAUAAUUUAUGCAAUUGUAUUUUGUAUACUAUUAUUGUUCUUUCACAUAUUCAGAACACUACAUGCCUUCAAAAUGGGAUUGUACUAUACCAGUAAGUGCCACUUCUCUGUCUUUCUAAUGGAAAUGAGUAGAACUUAAAGUCUCUGUGUUAAAUCCUUUAGUGUUUGAAUUCAAGAAGUUAUUUAUGGGGUAACACAAACUUUUUGUUGUUGUUUUUAGAAGGGUUUUGUGGUAUGUUGUCAGUAUUCCAUUUUGAAAAUGCCUUUUUCCUACCGAAAUGUGCUUGAAACACUAAAGAAAUGCAGUGGCAUUAAUAAGUAAAUGGUUAUCAUGGUCAUGUUGGAAUAUUCUCACAUUGAGCUUUUUAGUUUGGUUGUAUUAUCUGAGUAACUUCAAAAAGUCAAGUGGCACUCUAGAUGCUUACAGUGCUCUAAUAAUUGUUCCUUUAUAGCAAACAGACUGUUAUCUAUAUGGAGAAGUUUUGUCUAGCUGCUUGUGAAAAGUUGUGUGGUAUUCUAUAAAGCCAUUUUUUUCUUUAUCUCAUCAAAGACAGUGUUAUUUUUUUUAAGAAAGUAAUUACACUGAAGAUUAGGAUGUGGGUAAUGUUAAAUACUAGGCUUUUUUCUAGGCAGGCAGUGAUAGAUUGAAUAGAUGUGUUUGGUGGUCGCAUAGUCACACUUUUUACUUAGUGUGUUUGGUGGAUUCUCUGUGAGGUUAGAAAAGAGUAAGCUUCACUUUGAGAAAGGCAGCUGUUAAUUCAGUCUUUACUUAUCUCAUGCAGAUGUUGCAACUGAUUGAUCUACAUGGUUACGUAAUAAAUUCAGUGCUCCUCUAAUAAUAGGAGAGGUAGUAGCUAAAGGACAUUCUGAGUAGAGGUUUUACACUUAAGGAUAUUUUUUAAUUAAAAAUACAUGUUCAAAGUAAACUUGUCAUGGUUUUUUCAUGUGAAGUUGAAAUUAGCUUGUUAGUGACUGUUUUUUUACUUCCAGUUCUGUAAGUGUUUUCAGGGCUUUUACAGUUUUCGAAGGCUUUUUUUUUUUUUUUUUUUUUUUAACACUGUGAUCUCAUUCAGAAGGGGAGAACUGGCUGUGAGACCAGGCUUUGAUUUCUGUGUUGUCAGUUCCCCAUAAAGGGGUCAGAAGAACCUUUUACUGUAUUUGGGUCAGGAAGAGAUUGUGAAUGCCUGAAUAAGGUACAUUCUGAUAAUGUCUUAUCUGUUACACAUAGAAUAAAUUUGGAAGACUAUUUGGUCUUAAAACCAAAGCAGUUUUUGAAUGAAUGACUUAUAGGAAUUUAGUGUCAGGAACAUAAUGGGGAAAAUUUGCUUAGAAGUCAGUAUUUUGACUACAAAUUAGAGUUUUCUCUGUCGUUACCAUGAUUUCAUUGGAGUAAAUAAGUUUGAGAAGUUUGUUUUUCAUAGUUGUUUUAUACUUACCUGCUUAAUAAGCUCUAGUUCUAUGAUCAGGUACUGUUUUGGGGUAUUUUGUUUGCUAUUUCUAAGCCUUUAAGACCUGCUUUAUGAAGCCCAGGGGACCAAUGCAUUUUAUCACUAAAACUAUUUUUGUAUAAUUUUAAGAACAUGCCAAAAGUUGUCUGAUUUAAAGUUGUAAUACAUGAUUUCUCACUUUCAUAUGGGGUAAUUAAUGUUUGCUAAAGAUAUUCCUUAUAACAUCAAAGAUUGAGUUACAAUUACACUGUUCUUGCCUUUGUGGAUAAAUGUACUUUUGAUAUAUCAGGGAUUUUUUUUUUAAGUUGGAAUUUAGUUCUAAAUUGAGUUUACAUGUUACUAUGCUAAUUUCCUUUUUGGGGGUAAGGAUAGCUUGAUGAAUCUCAAUUGACUAAAAUUGAAAAUAAAAUUAACUUAAAAAAUGUCAUAGAACAUUUACUGUGGCCAUAAUAGAAAAUAAAUUUGACUUGAAUAAUACUUCAGUCCCACAAAAACAAAAUUCUUGUUUAUACUGCCUAUCUAAAGAUGCUUAAUUUCUAAGAUUUAACAUGACUAAAAUGUAUCUUCUGGCAAAUUAACCUACUUAUGUACUCUUGCCAAUACUCCAGAGUAGUGACAGAGAAAGAAGUGUGACUUACUGGAGUAUAGAUAUCCCUGGUUCUUCCUUCAUAUUUUCAGCUCUGUUUCUCCCAGUCUACCUUUCUGCUUGCCCCUGAGAGACCCUUUUCCAACCUCAGCCUUUUGACCAAAGGGUUGCUUUUGAGUCUUAAGGGUAAAAUGGUUGAUGGAAAUUGUGGGACAUACUUUCAUUACCUUGAGUUGUUGGAUGUGGUAGGUAGUAGUCUCUGGGUCUGGACAGUAAAUGAAAGAGGCCUGGGGAUGCUCCUGCCAAUUGCUUUGCUUUGACUCUUUGCCAUGGAUAAGAAAUAGGAUGACUGCAAGGUAGCAGCUGUGGCAAUGGAAGUUGUGACAGAAGCAAAGGCCUGUUGUAGUCCCUUGAAGGACCACAGAGUGUGAAGAGCUGAGCUUGCAAUUCUGCUGUAAUGAUAGUGCUCAAGAAGUGCCUUGAGUUAAUAAACAGUGCCCCGGCCACCAAGAAUUCCAGAUUUCAGUUCUCACUGCAAAGUGUAAGUCGUCACCUAACCACAGUGCACACAUGUGUGAGCACUUUUUUUUCUCUGAGAACUGUCAUAUAUUGACUGUUUUGUAAAAUAAAGUACUAAUAAGCAUGCACAACAAAAUCAGUAUCCCUCUAGACAUAUCAAAAGUUUAUUUUCCAUGCACUAAAGUAAUGAUUGUAAGUCAGUUGUUUCUUUUGUUUCAUGAUUGUGGCAGUGUUUUGACUACAAGGCAUGGGGAUUCCAAGUGCUGGUUCUUUCAUAAGUCUGUAGAAAAUACUCAAAUAUUUAGAGAUUCUGAAGAAUAUUUCUAGAUGUGUACUGCAGCUUAGUAAGUCUGGUUUGGAUGCUGGAGUACCAAGAGCCCUCUUUCUAGGAAUGCUGUGAGGAUUAUCAUUAUGAUAUUUUUAGUCUUGUUACAUAAUCUUAUUUGUAAACGUAAACUUAAAAAAUAUGGUUAAUAACAUUGAACCUGUUUCUUAACACUUAAAAAACUUCAGUGAAUUUGUUUUUUUUUUUUGAUAAGAUUUGUGAAUUGAGUAUCACGCACCAUGUUUUGAUACCCCCUUUUCACGUUGUGCCAAUGGAAUGGGGUAUUUAAUAUUUCUUUAUAUGUCAAGGAGAUGCUUCAAAAUGUCAAUUGCUUUAAACUUAAAUUACCUCUAAGAGACCAAGGUACAUUUACCUCAUUGUGUAUAUAAUGUUUAAUAUUUGUCAGAGCAUUCUCCAGGUUUGCAGUUUUAUUUCUAUAAAGUAUGAGUGUUAUUUUGCAAAAUUACUGAACGGUACUGUAUUGUUUAUAUUUGUACCCCAAAUAACAUCAUCUAGACUGUUUUUUAUUGUACUUGUGCAAAUUUUUUUGAAUUUUGUCAGUGUAAGCUUUGCCCUUUAAGGUAUGUACAGAACAUGUCCAUAUAAAUUUUCAUUUAAGUUGAAUGAUUUUCAGAUGCCUGUAAAAGAGGAGAGAACAUAAAUUGCAUUUCCCCAUAAGUCUUUAAAAACUAUAUAUUGUAUUUGUAGUAAUAUUCCAUAUGAUUGUAAAUAGGAGAUAGAAGAGUGAUGCUUAUGUAAGUUCUUAACACUACAGUAGAAAAAUGGAAACAAUGCAAAUAAAUUCCUCUUUCCCAAA